AUGGCUCCGUCCGGGACUAGUCUGGUCCUACUUUUACUGCAGUUUGUACUCAUUUGUACCGCUCAGAGGGGUCCUGUUGGCCCCAGAGGUCCCCCAGGACCCCCAGGACCGGCAGGAGUCCCUGGAGUCGAUGGCAUUGAUGGUGACAGAGGAGUGGACUCCACAGUAGACGGUGGGCCAGGCCCCGAUGGUGACAAUGGUAAAGACGGAGCAGAUGGAGCUCCAGGACUUGCAGGAGCUGAUGGACCAGUAGGACCUCCUGGAGACCCCGGACCAGUCGGACCUCCAGGACCAAAAGGGGAUCCCGGACCUCAGGGACCUGCAGGAGAACCAGGAGUUGGCCCUGAUGGACUUGAUGGUAUUCCAGGCACAGAUGGACUCCCAGGUGAACUCGGGAAAGUUGGACCUCCUGGCGCCAGAGGAAAGAGGGGACCAGUGGGUCUUCCAGGUCCAGCCGGGCCUCGGGGGGCUCCAGGAGUCUACCAGGGAGAGGAGCUGUGUCCAAAUGCCUGUCCCUCUGGUCUGCACGGACACUCUGGACUGCCAGGGAUGAAGGGUCACAAAGGGGUCAAGGGUGAAUCUGGUGAACCUGGGAGACAAGGACAUAAGGGAGAGGAGGGAGACCAAGGAGCACCCGGAGAAGUCGGAGCCCAAGGAUUACCAGGCCCAGGAGGACCUCGAGGAUAUCCAGGAAUUAUGGGCUCCAAAGGCGACAGGGGACCGAGGGGUAAAUUUGGAGAUCUUGGUCCUCGUGGGAUUCCAGGAGCUCCAGGAGAUCCCGGUCAAAGAGGAUCAAUUGGAGAAACAGGCCACAUCGGAGCUGUGGGUGACCCUGGUCCAGCUGGGAUCAGAGGAGUUCCUGGACCAAAGGGAGAAACAGGUCUCGCUGGUCCUGAUGGGAGAGAGGGAAUUCCUGGACUACCUGGAUCCAAGGGUCUUCCAGGAAAGAAUGGCGCUCCGGGAGAUGGUGGACCUCAGGGACUUCCUGGUUUACCAGGAGCUUUUGGCAUGAAAGGACACCAAGGACCAAAGGGAGGAACAGGAGACCCAGGUGUAGCCGGGAUGAUGGGGUCACCAGGGAAACAGGGUGAACGAGGAGAGCAAGGAGAGGUCGGACCUCCCGGUCCCAGAGGAGGACCAGGUGAACGAGGAGUACGAGGACCUGAUGGGCCAAUUGGAUUACCAGGAGCCAGGGGGCCCAAAGGAGAUCCUGGGUUUCCAGGUUUGCCAGGACCAGCCGGGUACAGAGGACAGAAAGGAGAUAGAGGAGCAGUUGGACUUGAUGGGCCAAAAGGAGAGCAGGGACCUCCAGGAGAAGAGGGGGUGGCUGGAGAGAGGGGAGACCUGGGCGACGAAGGUGAACAAGGAGAGAAAGGAUCGACUGGUCCUCCUGGAGAGACGGGAAACAAAGGCCCUGAAGGCGGCCGCGGUAUCCAGGGGAAGGAGGGCAAAGCUGGGCAGCCCGGACCCAGAGGCAUGCAGGGAGAUAUGGGAGUACCAGGCCUGCCUGGGCUACAGGGACCAGCGGGAAAAACACCCACAGAUGAGCACAUCAAACAAGUCUGCACAAGAGUAAUGCAGGAGCAGCUAGCCCAGCUGGCAGCUAGCCUAAGUCGGCCUGAGUCUGGGAUUGCUGGUCUGCCUGGUCCCCCCGGGCCACCAGGACCUCCAGGACCCACCGGAGAGAAUGGCUUCCCUGGACACACAGGCUCUAGAGGGCUGCCCGGGCUCAAGGGACCCCCAGGACUGCUCGGGCGCAAGGGACCCAAAGGUGACCAGGGAGACAGAGGAGAGAGGGGUCCCACAACCAGAGGACAGAAAGGGGUGCCAGGAGCUACAGGACUCCCAGGGGAGCCGGGCAGAGCAGCGUAUGGUACAGACGGUCGUGAUGGCGACAGAGGACCUCGGGGGGCUCCGGGUGUCGCCGGGGUACCAGGUCCCCCUGGUCCUGCAGGCCUUCCUGGGUACUGUGAACCCUCUCAGUGUACUCUGCCCGAAGUACCAUCAGGAUUCGCUACCAAAGACACAGGAACCAAGGGCCCCAGCGAAAUGUGAGGGACUGGAGAAUGAAACUGGACUUUCAAAUCAACUAGAAGAAAGAACUAGUGUUUUAAUAUUGUUGCUUUGGUCAUCAAUCUUUGCACAGUUUUGAAACAGUGCUGCAUAUUGAGUUUGACAAAGAAGCAACAAAAUAUUGCAGAGUUAAGGAAGAACAAUUUGCUGUUUUCAGAGAGUUUAAUGAUCUUCUUCUAUCAGAUGGGGACAUCUUUCCUCUAUUCAUUAUGGUAUUGUCCUUAGAAAUAUCCAAGGGUCCAUUGUAUUGGCAUAGCUAUCUAACAACACCACAGAUCAGCAGAUUACCAGGGCAUUUUUGCCUGUUCCCUGUCUCAAUUAUACAAUUCAAAUCAAGCUGAUAAAAUUUCUUUACUUUCACCACAACUUGUAUUUUAAUCAAAGAUUCCACCUAUGCUAAUUUACCAUGCUUCUCUCCUCUUUUCUUUGUUUCUGUUUUCAGCAUUCACAAAUCUAACCGGCACUUAAAUAGACACUUUCAUUUGCUCACCUAUUAUUUCAAGCUGUUUUUUUUUUCAAUUUCCUUAAAUAUGACAUACAGAAAUAUUGUUUAAGAACUGUUUUGAGUGUAGUUCUAUUUUUACAAUGAAAAUAAAUAACCUUACUAUUUCUCAGUCCACAAGCCAGGACGGAUCAGUCUUUGCAGCAGUGCCAAGGCUGUAUAAAUGGGAUUUGUUUAAUCAAAAAAGGUAAAAGAAAGCUUGGAAGUAAUAUAGUUACUCCUCCAUUUCAAUAAGGGAUUACUUCUGUUGCCAAAAGAUGCAUGUGACAAUGACUAUAAAGAAUGACCUAAAAAAUUACCAGAGCUGAUAAAAUCCCAACAUAAAAAGCAAAAUCUUGAAUUCAUUGUCUAAUUGUCUGUCUUUCUGUAUCAUAUGAACCAAUCCUUGUCUUGUCUGUUAAAUUGUAUUUCUAUGUGUUUAUGUAAAUGUGUCAGUAUAAAAUUACAUUGCUGAAUGCCAUGUCUUUUUAUCUGUCAAAAUCUUUGUUGUCAAUUUUUCCACUUGAACCCACUUCCUGUGACUUUCCUGUAAGUGUAGAAUUGACUGUACUGUUUGAACCAUGGGCUGUGUAAAAAAACUAAAACUAUAUAGCAGUUUUCUAUUACAUAUUAUUUAUUUUCUUGAGGCUGAA